AAGUCUUUGGAAUCAUAUUAAUAGAAUAGGACUCAGUCUCUCAUGUAUUCUCUGAUGGAGGAAUGGAUAGAGUAUCUUGAUUACAUCGACGAGACGACCCAGCCCAGCGAUUUCCUUUGGCCUAAUGACACUCCUUCAUUUAGGGAAUUCGAAUUCUCUGCUGUUGAUGUUCCUGCUGCUUUCUCACCGGAAAAAGAGUGCCCUCGCAAAAGGGGACGAACCGAUUCUUCUUGCCCUGGGUCUGGAGCGAAGGCUUGCCGUGAGAAGUUGAGGAGGGAGAGAUUGAAUGACAGGUUUGUGGAGUUGAGCGCUGUUUUAGAACCUGGGAGACCGCCCAAAUCUGACAAGCCUGCUAUUCUUGAUGAUGCCAUAAGGGUUUUGACCCAGCUGAGAGCUGAAGCUCAGGAGCUCAAAGAAACAAAUCAAAAGUUACUUGAAGAAGUAAAAAGUUUAAAGGCAGAGAAGAAUGAACUCCGUGAAGAGAAACUUGUACUGAAAGCAGAUAAAGAAAGGUUGGAGCAGCAGUUGAAAGGUAUGGCAAUUUCACCUUCUGGGUUUGUUCCAACCCACCCAGCAGUCCCAGCUGCAUAUCAUCCCGGGGCAAGCAAGAUGGCAAUGUAUCCUAGCUAUAGUCUGGUUCCAAUGUGGCAUUAUUUACCUCCAUCGGUCCGUGAUACAUCUCGUGAUCAUGAACUUCGGCCCCCUGCUGCUUAGAUGUUUCAUCAAGUAUUUGGAUAAUUUAGAUGCCUUCAUUUACAUUUACUGACAAUCUUAUUGCUUGUUGGCAAUCUAUUUGUCAGCACUGUUUCAAUUGCCUGAUUUAGGUUGGCUGGUGGCAAGUCUGUGUCAGAAUUGUUAAAUGUAGCUAGAAGGCAUUUUGGGAUUAAAACAAUUAGUAAUGUCCAGUGUUCACCAUAUUUUUCUGUAAGAUGGUCCAGUGUUGGUUUUUAACUUUCUGAUGUUUCUAACUGCAUUGUGCAUAUAUUGAAGUUGAUGAAAUUUGAGGAUUGCUUGAAUAAA